CAGGAUUCCAUCGUGAUUGUCAUGCCAUCUGUUUAGUUGUCCUCAAGAAUUGUCGGAAUCCCUGCGAGCAUGAAUUGACAUGUGGCAGUACUUCACCUCCAUCGUCCAGGCUGCAGCAAACUGGGAAGCGUACUGUAUUUGAACAGCUGUCAUCCUCGUUUACUUGGUUUUAUUUCCGUCUCCAUCUCUAUCCUACAUCUACUUUACUUUGCUGUGGGCAGCGAAGAUACGCCUUUUGACACUUAUACAAGUUCCGUCAUAGUGUCUACCUACAUACACUUACAGGCAGGAUGCCGACAAGUCUGGAUCGAGCUAUAAGUUCGAAUUCAAAGAACUUCUUCCUUGGUACAUAUAUCCAAAAAAACAGAUGUGGCAAUAUCCAAGCUAAAUGAUGUGCAUAGGUUUCGCCGGGAUGGUUACGGCCGUGGCCGCCUGGUCAAUAUGGGGCAACGAAAUGUUUCCCUCGGAAAAAGAUCCAACCGGAGAUCCUGAGGAUUGGACCGUCGAUGAGAUGAAAACAUGGCUGCGUUUGAGAGGUCUUUUCCCAAGCAGUAAAGCCACGCGGGAAGAGCUAUUAGAACGGGUAAAGGCGAAUUUGAGAGUACCACCAAUUUCAGCUGGACAAUCGAACGAUUAAUGAAUAGUGGCACUGGUUUUUGUGUGAAAGUAUGGCCAUUUCCUUGAAGCAUUUUUCAAAAGCCACAGCAGUUCGACAGCCAUUGUUCGUUCGUCUCCCCAAUCCUGGUUAAAUCAUUCGCGGCGUUUCUGCGGGUUCGAAGUCCACUUGGUAGUUUCAGAUGUUGCGUUCAUGAUCCUCCAGUCGGGUUUUCGAAACAGGGAGUAAUAGCUCAGGGCGGAGUAGUUAAAGGUCCUCCUCUUCUUCCUCUAUAUAUAGUUAUCCAAAAAUCAAGUAUCUUCA